UCACCUUCCUCCGGCCAAAUGGCUGGCGCCCACGCUAGUAAAUAUAAAUAGAGAAAAAGAUACCAGACCCUAUAUGUCCUUCCUACGAUUCCCUCUCACAAUUGUAUGCUCUUGUCAUCCAUUUUAUACUUUUAUCUAUCUUGUGUUUGUUAAAAUGAGGACAUAAUUAUGCUAGCUUUUUUCAAAAGGGGGAAAAAAUGAGAGUACAUGCUCUGUCCUCUCUUCUCAUCGAAGGUUGCUCGUUCGUUUGGUUAAGCUUCCUCUGCCUGCUCGCAAAUGGUGGGCGUGCGUUCCUCUCAGUCUUACUCCUCUGCUUAGCCAUGUGUGCUGGUGGGGAGCGAACGGCGCCGAUUUGACGGCCGGUGAUUCUCGAGCUUGGGAUUGGAUCUGGCAUCCUGCAUGCGGCAAGGCGAGAAAUGGGAGUUGGGAAAAGGAAAUGACGGUGGAAUCCCGAUGGGGGAUGUGAGAGUAUUCGACGCCGGCUUUGUUUUCGGUGGGCCGAGGUCCCAGGUGGGCGACGAUCACCACCGAAGGGUGUGGCAAAGGAGGAUAGGGGCGGCGGUGUUCAGCUGAACCGAAAGGAUCAGGUUCCUCUUUCCUCGCUGGAAAAAAAAGAGAAAAAUAUGAGAAUACUGAAGAAAAUAAAAAAAAAAAUCCCUCAAAUUCGGGAUUGGGAAUGUGCGAGAAAAUCUCGUGAGGCUGAAGAUCAGGAUGGAAGAGGACUCUUAGAGGGAUACCUCCUCCUGAAAAUAUAUGAUGGGAUAGACUCGAAUCGAGAGUCUGUUCAGGAGACGGUGCUACACUUGGCCCCGAAGUGGGUCUAUUUAACCACUGCGCGUCGCUACCAAAAUCACUCUUCCAUUUCUACUCAUCCUAAUUGUGAAGGUGAUUGGCAGACGCGAGCGAUAGUUGAACGUGAAGAAGAAAGAACUCAGUACCCAGGUAUGGGAAUCUUGAGGUGGUUUCAAAACUUGGUGAUAUGUUGCUGGGGUUUGGUGACUCGUUUAUGUUAUGAUUUCUAUGUGAAGAACUCUGGGUUGGGGGCUUGGUUGCGAAAACUUGCUUUUAAGCUGCUAUUAUGGGCGGACAGAAUGUGGAAAGAGUGUUUAGACUCUUGCUUUGUGUUUGUGAUCAACAGGGAUCAGGUUGUGCGGGAAGCGAACAUGGCGUCCUCAUUGAUGAAGACAAAGAAGGGCGGAUCAGGGAAGGACGCUGGUGUCAAACCAGUUCAUGAGGACCAGAUUGUGGAUUUCCCGACUAUGGAUGUGGAGACUAGCAUGAAGCGAGCUAAGUCAAGCCUGCUUGGCCGCUUAUUCAUGGAAACACGUCCCAGCCUCUCUGUCAUUCUGCGUAUUGUGCAAGGAGCAUGGAACUGCUCCAAGAAUGUGGUCAUUAUGGAAGCGAAGGGUGGGCUGCUGCAGUUCCUCUUCGAUGAUGAUGAAGAUAUGGAACGGGUGCUGCAAAGAACUCCGUUGCCGGUCAAGGAUCAUGUCCUCCAGCUACAGAAGUGGGAACCGAUAACUGAGGCGAUUAUGGAAUCCUUAGCAUUUUCCCCAUUCUGGGUUCAGAUGUGGGGGAUCCCCUUGCAUUGCCGAGAGGUGGCAUUCAGGAGAACCAUGGCCGAAGCAAAAAUUGAGGAGGUACUGGAUGCAGGGCUAUUCGGCAUCUGCGGGGAGUUUGGGAAUUUCAUUAAAACAAGGGUUAAGCUGAAUGUGCUGCAGCCGUUGAGAUCAAAGUUGUGUGCUCGUAAUGAAGUGGCGGGGGAGUUCUGGGUGUAUCUUAUCUAUGAGUUCCUACCGCUAUUAUGUUACCAUUGUGGGAGAUUGCGACAUUUGGAGAAGAAUUGCUCUUUCCCAGAUCCGGAAGGGGAUGAGGAGUAUGGUCCGAGGAUGUCUACGAAUGUUAUCGACUACAGACUGAAUGCAGAAGUGCCUCGGUUGCCGAAAUCAGUUUGGAUUAAUCCGAACCUGGAGGGGGCUGCUAAGAGGGAAAGUCGAGACGAUGACAGAUGAAAGGGGCUGGAGAUGGCGGCUGCACCGAAGCCAGUUGUGAUGGGUUUGAAGACGUCGAAAGGCGCUGCUGGUGGGAUGGAAGGGAAAAAGAGGGAAGCUGGGAAGAAGAACAUGGAGGGGAAGGGGAAGGCUGCUGUGGCUAGCUCAUCUUCAAGGAAUAGCAAGGGAGUGGUGGGUGAAAUUCACAGUGGUGAAGGUGCGCAGGGGAGUGGGGAGGGGAAAAAGGCGGCAGGGUCGGCGAGAAGAAUCCGGGAUGAGAAUAUGAUGGGGAGGAAUAAAGGGCUGGCGGGGAAGGAUGUUCAUAAGCUGGGUGAGUCGCAAGGCACACGAAAGCAGGCAGGGAUGCAAGCGACAAAGCUGGCUCGACCGAGGACUGACAAGUGAGGCGCACAGGCUGGAAAUUAUCAGAUUUGUUCGUCGGGGGUGGAGGAUGCUGCACCGGCGUGGGGGAAGGAGGGAGAUCUCUCUAUUAUGGAUCAAAUGGUGGAUUCAGCUACUAAGCUGAUGAAAAAGGCGACGGUGAACCUGAAACUGGACGAGUAUGGCUCUAAUUUAAUAAAGGUUUUCCGAAUGACAGCGCCAGAGAUGGAGGUUGUGGAGGAGAGGAAACGUGUUGCAGCGGAUCCGACCCCUUUGACGAAAAUUUGUGUUCCAAAUUCUUGUGUUAAUAAUGAUGUAGUGGUGGAGGAAGCCAGCCCGAAAUGGCCCCAAUUGCCCAAAUAAGGCUUGUGUCUUUGAAUGUGAGGGGUAUCGGGACCACUCUCAUGCUCCAAUCGUUGUUAGGUCUAGUUCGGUCAAAUAAUCAGAUCUGAUUUUUCUGUCGGAAACGAGAUCUCAUCGUCGGGUCGUAGUGCGUUGUAUGCGCCGUUUAGGUUUUUCGUCGGAUUCUUGUUUUUUAGUUGAUGUUAAUUCGUCAGGGGGUCUAGUGAUUGGUUGGUCCCCCAAUGUAAGUGUUUCUGUCGGUUGUAGUUCGUCUUUCUUUAUCUCUGUUACGAUUAAUAAUAAUGAGUCCCCAUAUAUGGUGGUGUGUGUGUAUUUGAGUUGUGUCGCUGCAACGCGUCAGUCUCAACUUGCUUGUUUGCAAGCGUUUUGUGCGACUUUGACAGUUCCUUUUCUGGUGGUUGGAGAUUUUAAUUCUAUCUUGUCGUCAAAUGAAAAAAUGGGGGGUACAGCCUGGAAUCCAACUCAAUCUGCGGAUCUUCGAGCCUUUAUGGAUAAUUUGGGUCUUCAGGAGUUAGGCUACCAGGGGAGUCCAUUUACGUGGACAAAUAAACGGAUGGGUAAUGCUUGUGUGAUGGAGAGGCUAGACCGGGCCUUAGGAUAUGCGCUGUGGAUGGACGCCUACCCAUCCUCGGUGGUGAAAUAUUGCACCAAUCUAGGGUCGGACCAUCGAGCGAUUUUGAUUGCGGAUAAAUCGUUUGUGCGGAACUGUCGGCUGCUGUUUAGGUUUGAUGCUCGUUGGGCGGACAAUCCUGAGGUUCGCCUGUUUGUCCAGUAUGUGUGGAGCCAGGAGGAGUGAGGGUCUCCUAUGUAUAGGCUUUGGCAACGACUUAAAAAACUGCGACAUCUCCUAUAUGAUUGGAGUCGGGCAGGAACGACCAAUUCAGCAAGGGAGAUCCGGGUGCUCCAGACAGAGAUUGAUGCCUUACAGAAUGCGGCCCCAGUGGAUGGGGAGAGGAUCCGGGGUCUGGAAGAAGAGCUGGCCAGGCAAUGGGAGGCUGAAGAAGUGUUAUGGAAAUAGAAAUCGCGGGUUUGGUGACUGAAGGUGGGCGACCGGAAUACGUCUUAUUUCCACGCGGUCACGCGUACGAGACGCAAACGCAAUUUCGUGGAAAAGUUGCAGAAACCAAGCGGGUAAUGGGUGACUGAAGAGAAGGAUAAGGCGGAGUUGGCAGUGGGCUUCUAUUAGCAUUAGUUCACAUCGGAGACUACGGUUGAGAAUAUUGCGGCGCGAGUAGCAGAGUUGCCCAUUUUACAUAAAGUCUCUGAAAGUGU